AGGUUCAUGUAAGAAUUCACACUGGAGAGAAACCCUAUGUGUGUAAGCAAUGUGGAAAAGCAAUGUGUAAAAGGAUUCACCAAAUCAAAACAUUGUAAGCAACAUGAAAGAAUUCACACUAGAGAGAAACCCUAUGUAUGUAAUCAAUGUGGGAAAGCUUUUACCAGACAUGAAUGUUUUAAACAACAUGAAAGAAUUCACAGUGGAGAUAAACCAUAUGUAUGUAAACAAUGUGGGAAAGCUUUUAACACACGUACAAAUUGUAAGGUUCAUGAAAGAAUUCACACUGGAGAGAAACCCUAUGUAUGUAAGCAAUGUGGGAAAGCUUUUAAAACACAGGGAGAUUGUAAGAAUCAUGAAAUUAUUCACACUGGAGAGAAACCGUAUGUAUGUAAGCAAUGUGGGAAAGCUUUUACCAGACCUGAACGUUGUAAGGGACAUGAAAGAAUUCACACUGGAGAGAAACCAUAUGUAUGCAAGCAAUGUGGGAAAGCUUUUAACACACGUGUAAAUUGUAAUGUUCAUGAAAGAAUUCACACUGAAGAGAAACCAUAUGUAUGUAAGCAAUGCGGGAAAGCUUUUAACACACGUACAAAUUGUACGGUUCAUGAAAGAAUUCACACUGGAGAGAAACCAUAUGUGUGUAAGCAAUGUGGGAAAGCUUUUAAAACACAGGGAGAUUGUAAGAAUCAUGAAAGAAUUCACACUGGAGAGAAACCGUAUGUAUGUAAGCAAUGUGGGAAAGCUUUUACCAGACCUGGACAUUGUAAGGAACAUGAAAGAAUUCACACUGGAGAGAAACCAUAUGUAUGUAAGCAAUGUGGGAAAGCUUUUAACACACGUGUAAAUUGUAAUGUUCAUGAAAUAAUUCACACUGAAGAGAAACCAUAUGUAUGUAAGCAAUGUGGGAAAGCUUUUAACACAAGGGGAUACUGUAAGAAACAUGAAAGAAUUCACACUGGAGAGAAACCCUAUGUAUGUAAGCAAUUUGGGAAAGCUUUUAACACACGUACAAAUUGUACGGUUCAUGAAAGAAUUCACACUGGAGAGAAACCGUUUGUAUGUAAGCAAUGUGGGAAAGCUUUUACCAGACCUGGACGUUGUAAGGAACAUGAAAGAAUUCACACUGGAGAGAAACCGUAUGUAUGUAAGCAAUGUGGGAAAGCUUUUAACACACAGGAUCCUGUAAGAAACAUGAAAGAAUUCACACUGGAGAGAAACCCUAUGUAUGUAAGCAAUGUGGGAAAGCUUUUAACACACGUACAAAUUAGAGAGAUGCCCAGCACCCCCACCGCUGGCGUCCGGCGAUCUCUCAGGCGCAAAGGUGACGUGGGGGCCUGUAAAUAG